CUUCAUCUGGAAACGUGAACAUGUCGGAUUAAAUGAUUUAACUGUUCAUCUUUUUACAUUUUUUUCCUUUAUUUGUAAGUACAGUAGUGUCAUAGAGGCCGACAGGAAACAGAGAGAGAAGCGAACGACAUGCAGUAAAGGUCCUCUGCCGGAGUCGAACCAGGGAUGCUUCUUUUAUGCAGCAUGUGUGAUAAUCACUCGGCUACUAAAACUCUCCCAUCGUUCUACAUCUGAAGAACUCUGAAUCCUGAUUGAUCCAUCAUGUCAGCCAAAGACUCAGUAAGAGGUAAUAAAAGUGCUUUACUGAGGAUUUUGUGUGGAGACCGCAGGCUAAUCCUCAACAAGGUUUAUGAGAAGAAGAUUAUAACCCAACGUGAGUACAACAACCUUGAAAGCAUAAACAAAGAAGAUGUAGAAGGUCAUGUUGAUGCACUUCUGAAGAAGAUCAUCAGGAAAGGAGAGGUGACCUGUCAAGCCUUCCUGAAGCUCCUGCAAACUGAUGAAGAAAUUAAUUCGACUUACCCAGAGUUGAAGAACAUGCAAAUGAACACCUGUGAUGCUACUGAUGGCGCGAGUAAACCAGAGGGCCCAGCAGAGGCCCAAGCUGUCAUGGGGGAAACAUGCAAACUCAUCAAAGAGAGGACUGGGGACAGCAAGUGUUUGAACCCAGGACCUUCUAGCUGUGAGGCAACAGUGGCAACCAUUGAGGCACCUCACUGCUCACACAACCGUAAUCGUCUGUCAGGGAAAACUAGAGGUGGUGAACCCCUCAUUUAUAUUAACAGAGGUUGGUGCAGUAACUGUAUUCUGGUUAGCAGCGACUGCUCUGAGGCAGUAGAACACCUAGCAGCGAAAUGCCAGCCACACCACCUGCUACGUGAGUUUACAGCUGUGUUUAUAGUUGCUGUUUACAUCCCUCCUAGCGCUAAUGCUAACGAUGCACUCAAGGAGCUUCAUUAUGGCAUCGGCUCACAAAACAAACACCCAGAGGCCCUCUAUGUGUUUUUGCAGGCAUCCAACACCACUCCCAUCUCCAGGCUCACCCGUCCACCAGGUGAGCUGCCCCUCAUCAUGAUAGAGGCAGAUAUGAGGAGGACCCUGCAGAGAGGGUCAACUCCCGCCAAGCUGCUGGCCAGCUGGACACCACAAUCAUCAAUCACCUCCGUCUACAGGUGUGUGGUGGAGAGCAUCAUCACCUCCUGCAUCACCGUGCGGUAUGGCAGCUGCCUGGCUGCAGAGAAGGUAUCACUGCAGCGGGUGGUUAAGUUGGCACAGGGAACUAUCGGCUGUAGCCUGCCCACCAUCACAGACAUCUACUGGCCUCCUGCAUCAUCAGAGACUCCACCUACUCUGCAUAUGACCUGUUUGCCCCCCCUCCCCUCAGGCAGGAGGUUGCACAACAUCCGGGCAAGAACCACGAGGCUGAAGAACAGCUUCUUCCCCGGAUGCUCAGAAAGUGGAAGGCAGGAGGGUUUAGAUGAACAUCAGAUCAUUCUGAUAACAAGAUGUCAAGAUGUGAAUGAAGAAACUGAUGAAGCAGGAAGGAAAAUCCUCUUCAACAACUCCUACACUGAGGUCUACAUCACAGAGGGGCAGGGUAAAGAGGUUAAUACCCAACAUGAGGUGAUGCAGCUUGAAACAGUUUCCAAGAAGAAGACCCUCCAUGACGCUCCAAUCAAGUAUCAGGACAUCUUUAAAGUCUUACCUGACCAACAGAAACGCAUCAUCAGAGUGGUUCUGAUGAACGGCGUCGCUGGCGUUGGUAAAACCUUCUCAGUGCAGAAGUUCACUCUGGACUGGGCACAGCGCUCCAACAACCAAGAUAUCUGUGUGCUGAUUCCACUUCCAUUCAGGGAGCUGAACUUGAUCAAAGAUAAGCAGUACAGUCUGCUCAUGCUGAUCCGUCAUUUCUAUCCAACAUUACAGAAGCUCACAGCAGAGAAGCUCGCUGUCUGUAAAGUUCUGUUCAUCUUUGACGGCCUGGAUGAAAGCAGACUUUCACUGGAUCUCAACAACAGUGAGGUUGUGUCUGAUGUCACACAGAAGUCAUCAGUCAGCGUGCUGUUGACAAACCUCAUCAAGGGGAAGCUGCUUCCCUUGGCUCUCAUCUGGAUAACUUCCCGACCUGCAGCAGCCAAUCAGAUCCCUCUGACAUUUGUUAGCAGGGUAACAGAAGUACGAGGCUUCACUGACCCCCAGAAGGAGGAGUACUUCAGGAGGAGAUUCAGUGAUGAAGAGCAGUCCAGCACAAUCAUCUCACACAUCAAGACAUCCAGGAGCCUCCACAUCAUGUGUCACAUCCCAGUAUUCUGCUGGAUCACUGCUACAGUUCUGGAGGACAUGUUGACUCCAGACCAGAGAGGAGCGCUGCCCAAGACCCUGACUGACAUGUACUCACACUUCCUGCUGGUUCAGACAAAGAUGAAGAAGAACAAGUACAAUGAGGGACAUGAGAAGAGUCCACAGGAGCUGAAGAAGGCUGACAGGAAACUUCUUCUGAAGCUGGGGAGGCUGGCGUUUGAACAACUGGAGAAAGGAAACAUCAUGUUCUACCAAGAAGACCUGGAGCAGUGUGGUCUUGAUGUCACAGAGGCCUCUGUAACAUCAGGAGUUUGUACAGAGAUCUUCAAAAGAGAGAAACACCAGAAGACAACAGUCUACAGCUUUGUUCAUCUGAGUGUUCAGGAGUUUCUGGCUGCAGUCUACAUGUACCACUGUUACACCAGCAGGAAGACAAAGGUACUGAAGGACUUCCUGGGAGAAGACUACAAACACAAGGAAUCAAAACCAAAGUCUUUCCUUGAGAACAUUUCAGCACUUUUCAGCCGUAAACCAUCCCUGGAUGUCUUCCUGAAGAAAGCCAUGGAUAAGUCUCUCAGAAGUGAAAAUGGCCACCUGGACCUGUUUGUCCGCUUCCUUCAUGGCCUCUCUCUGGAGUCCAACCAGAGUCUCUUAGGAGACCUGCUGGGUCAGACAGACAACAGUCCAGAAACCAUCCAGAGAGUCAUCAACAACCUGAAGGAGAUGAAUACUUGGUAUAUCUCUCCUGACAGAAGCAUCAACAUCUUCCACUGUCUGAUGGAGACGAACGACCGCUCAGUACAUCAGGAGAUCCAAGAGUUCCUGAAGUCAGAGAGCAAACCAGAGAAGGAACUCUCCGAGACUGAGUGCUCAGCUCUGGCCUACAUGCUGCAGAUGUCAGAGGAGGUUCUGGAUGAGUUGAACCUGGAGAAGUAUAACACAUCAGUGGAGGGACGACGGAGACUGAUCCCAGCUGUGAGGAACUGCAGAAAGGCUCUACUUUCUGACUGUGAACUCUCACAGACUCACUGUGAAGUUGUGGCCUCAGCUCUGAAGUCCAACCCUCAUCUGACACAUCUGGACCUGAGUGACAACAAACUGUCUGAUUCAUCAGUGAAGCGUCUGUCUGCUGAACUGGAGAGUCCAAACUGUGGACUGAAGACUCUGAGACUGAAGAGCUGCAGUUUGUCAGAGAUCAGCUGUGCUUCUCUGGUCUCAGCUCUGAAGUCCAACUCCUCCCAUCUGAGAGAGCUGGAUCUGAGCGUCAACAAGCUUCAGGAUUCAGGAGUGAAGCUACUGUGUGAUUCUCUGAAGAGACCAGACUGUAAACUGGAGACUCUGGGAUUGAGUUGCUGCAGGUUGUCAGCGAUCAGCUGUGAUUAUCUGGUCUCAGCUCUGAAGUCCAACUCCUCCCAUCUGAGAGAGCUGGAUCUGAGCUACAACAAGCUGCCGGAUUCAGACAUGAAGCAGCUGAUUGAUCUUCAGCAGAGUCCAGACUGCAGACUGGAGACUCUGAGAUGGAAGGAUUGAUCUCUGUCAGAGUGAGAGUGAACAUCCAGGAGUGUUGAGAGGAAGCAGUUUGACUUCCUGUUUGUCUCUGAUUGGCUGUGGAUGAGCGAGCAGACAGCCAACAGAAAAGCUUUGAUGAGCUGGAUGAAGACUAAUGGACAUUUAUUCAGAUGUGUUUGUUGGUGUUAUAUUUUCUGCUGUUUCUGUUUGUUCCUUUAUCAGUUGAAGAUCUACCAGUUAUUUAGUUUUAUAUGUUGUUCAUAUUACAUUUGAAUCUUCUGUGUUUUCUGCUUUUUUUUCUUGCUGUAUGUUUGUUAGUUUUGUGUAAAGCGUUGUGUAACGUUGGUUUGAGAAGUUUUUCUACACACCUGAAGGGAGGCUGGUGAUGAUAAACAAAGACCAAAUUCUAAUAAAUGUGUAAAUAAAUGAAGUGUCAGCACUUUUAUCCUGCGUGGAGCUUCAGCUUCAUGUAUAACAUCUAUAUUUACUGUAGUUAUUUUUAUAUCUUUGUGUAUAAAUGGAAAAUAAUCAGAAUAUUUCCACAUUCUGUUUGAUUAAUCUGAUAAUUGCAGCAACUCUAAAAAGGUGAUUUAUUUUAAUAAACUUACAUUUGUGAAUGUAACAUUUUUGCAAUAAUAAAAACUAAAUUC